ACCGUCUUCAUCCUGCAGAUCCGCCGCGGCUGCUGCCGGUUAUGGACAGGUAUUUCUGGUGACGCUGCAACGGGAUCGUAGAGAAAUCACUGGAGAACUAUUUUACAUUUGCCUUAUUGAAGAUGGGAUUACACAGAAGCCAUCACAGGGGAAUUGCUUGUUUUUUCGGAAUACAAAACUCAGUGUGAAACGGCUUCAAAAGGGGCCAUCUGAGCCAGACAAGGCGACAUGGCAAAAACCGGCAGUCAGAAAAAGCUAUUUUCCUCCAGACGUCGGCUGUCCACCAACACUGAUGAUGAGCUCGCUGUCAUCGAAAAUGGAGAGAGCAGGGCCCCGUCUCUGUGUGAAGAUAACUCUGAGAGAGCGCUGUCUUCAGAAUCUCACAGAAACUCCUACACAGGAGCCGGGGCGAUGGCCAGGCUCUCUUACUUCUUCUUCAUGCUGUGGAACUGGGCGUCUCACAGAGUUCAUCCCGAGGUGGAGCGUCACGACUCAUUCCUCGAUCGCUUCAGGGGCCCCGAGCUCAAAGAGACGUCGAGAGAAAACAACGCUCAGUCUUUGGGGCCCUGCGACGCCGCCCGCAAGAAGAAUCUUGCCAGUAAGUGGCCGCUUGCUACUUACAACAUGAAUAACUGCAACAACACAGACGACAAAAAAGAGGAAAAAAAGGAGGAGAUUAAAAAAGACGAGGAGAAAAAAGACGAGGAGAAGAAAGACGAGAAGAAAGACGGAGACAAAAAGGAAGAGGAGAAAAAGGAUGAAAAGAAGGAUGAGAAGAAAGACGAGAAGAAAGACGAGAAGAAAGACGAGAAAAAGGAUGAUAAGAAAGACGAGAAAAAGAAAGAAGAGCCCCCGAAAGAAAUCUGGAUGAUGGAUCCAGCCACAGACGCGUACUACAGGUGGCUCACAGUCAUCGCAGCUCCAGUAUUUUACAACCUGAUGAUGAUUGUAACGAGAUCCUGCUUUAAUGAGCUCCAGGACACGUACACAAACCUCUGGAUCUUCUUGGACUAUACCGCAGAUCUCAUCUACUUUGGGGAUACGUUUGUCCGAUCGAGAACAGGUUACCUGGAGCAAGGUCUGCUGGUAAAAGAUUCAAAGAAACUGCGAGAUAUGUACAAAACAACGUCUCAGUUCAAAUACGACAUGAUUUCCAUGAUACCCACUGAUCUGCUGUUUUUCAAAUUCGGCUACAACAACCCCGAGUUCAGAUUCAACCGCCUCUGCAAAAUGACGAGGCUUUUCGAGUUCUUCGAGAGGACUGAAACCAGGACCAGCUUCCCGAACAUGUUCCGUAUCAGCAACCUCGUACUUUACAUCCUGGUCAUUAUCCACUGGAACGCUUGCAUGUUCUUCGCCAUCUCGAAAACUAUUGGGUUUGGAACCGACACAUGGGUGUAUCCCAAUAUCAGCCACCCGGAGCACGGACGCUUGGCCAGAAAGUACAUCUACUCGCUGUACUGGUCCACACUGACCCUCACCACCAUCGGAGAGACCCCGGCGCCUGUGCGGGACGUCGAAUUCCUCUUCGUCAUCUCAGACUUCCUCACUGGUGUGCUGAUCUUUGCUAGUAUCGUCGGUAACGUCGGUGCCAUGAUCUCCAACAUGAACGCAUCCCGCGCCGAGUUCCAGGCGAAGAUCGACUCCAUCAAGCAGUACAUGCAGUUUCGAAAGGUCACCAAAGAACUCGAGGCAAGAGUCAUCAAGUGGUUCGACUACCUGUGGACGGAGAAGAAGACCUGCGACGAGAAGGAAGUCUUGAAGAACCUGCCGGACAAACUGAAGGCGGAGAUCGCCAUCAACGUGCAUUUGGACACGCUGAAGAAAGUGCGAAUCUUCCAGGACUGCGAGGCCGGUUUGCUGAUUGAGUUGGUGCUCAAGCUGCAGCCGCAAGUGUUCAGCCCCGGAGAUUACAUCUGCAAGAAGGGGGAUAUCGGCAGGGAGAUGUACAUCAUCAAGGAGGGGAAGCUGGCUGUGGUGGCGGACGAUGGCGUCACGCAGUUCGUGGUGCUCAGCGACGGCGCGUACUUCGGAGAAAUCAGUAUCUUAGGAAUCAAGGGCAGUAAAGCCGGGAACAGGAGAACGGCUAACAUCCGAAGCGUUGGCUACUCGGAUCUCUUCGCGCUGUCCAAAGACGACUUAGUGGAGGCUCUCACUGAGUACCCAGACGCCAAAAAGGCUCUGGAGGAGAAAGGUAAAGCCAUCCUGAUGAAGGACAACCUGAUCGACGAAGCGAUCGCCAACGCUGGCGCCGAUCCCAAAGACCUGGAGGAGAAGAUCGAGAAACUGCAGACCAACUUGGAAUCAAUGCAGGGAAAGUUCGCCCAGCUGAUGGCGGAGUUCACCUCCACCCAGUCCAGGAUGAAGCAGAGAGUUACCCAGAUGGAGGCCAAGGUGAAAUCCAUACAACCAGAGGACCUGGCCGAGGUGGAGGCCGACAAGGACAAAAAGGUCCAGUAAUGUGAGAGAAACCGGAGGACUUUACGGGAGAUGAGGAUCGUAAAGAGAGACACUUUUUAAAAAAAGGGACCAUGUUUAUAUCUAUUUAUACAUCUGUCUGUUUGUUAUCAUCAUAAUGUGUCAAAUUGUGUACAGUGUAUGCAGCGGUGUUGAGGAAAACUGGGACGGGAAUACUGAUCGUCAACAAGGUUUUUUUCCAGGAGAUGGCAUCGAUAUGAACAUGCAAUAUCGAGGAAGGACGAGACUGAAAUGUAGUUUAAAAAAAGUUACCAAAAUCUCUCUUUUGUCCCCUUCUCUUCUCCUCUCUCACAGAGCUGUCCUUGUCCAGAAAAUCGUGCCACUUUAAUGCAUAACGUUUGCUAAUGGUUGGGGUGGUGAUUUCUGCAUAUUUUUUGCAAAGUAAGUUAGCAUUUCUGCAAGGAGAGGCUCUCAUAAGCACAUUGGGAGGUCUUGAAAGAGCUUCAUUAGAAAAUGAUAAACAGAUAGCAUUUCAUGUGUAAUACCUUUAACGAAAUGACUACAUUAUAGGUUUUGGCUCGACUGAGUUGACUACUUUUCAUAUAAUUUGGUAACAUUUGAAACAAGGCCAAUACAAAACAAAAAAAUGCCAAAAUGAAGAAAACCUUUUAUGCUAAAGCAUUUUCAUCAUAUUCUACAUCCAAAACCAGCUGCCCAAAAGAGCACUUGUAUGCAACUGGCCGCCAAUUUCUGGUUGUCAGGAACGACUAUGUUGGUCAAAAACCUUUGUGUAAGCAAGCUGUCCUCGGAGGAAGAGGUCGUCUGUGCAUGCAAAGGUUUUAUUAACCUCGAGUCGAGUUUGUUAGUCACAUUGAACUUGAGUGGUAAUGCAAAGUGUGAUGAAAAGAUAACCACAAAUUAUAUUCCUUCAAAAAAUGCAAAACUAUGUUAGAAAUGAAAAUCUACCAACUAUUUUGAGCAAGUUAUCAGUAAUAUUUAAAAACUGUCACUGAAUGCUGGUUUCAGCCUCUGAAAUAUGGAGAAUGUGUUUAUUUUCAGUUUAAUUUCAUAUUAAAGUGAAUUUCUUUGAGUUUGGACUCACAAAACAAGCGUUUGAAAACAGCAUCUUUGACUGUAAGUACCUGGCAUGGAGAUUUUUCACUAUUUUCUGACAUUUCAUAAGGCAUAAACUUGCAGAAUGACUGAAUGAAAUACGUUUCGGACUUAAACGUCACAUAGUGAGCUUCAUCCCUUACCUGUUUGAACCAAAACUAUGAUCUUUUACAGACCAGGUAGUUUUGUUUCACAACUAUAAAUCGGACGGUUAUUUAAGUUGUGUUGGAAUUCAUAAGAUUUGAGGAGGUUUUGAAAGAAAGGGUUUUUAUAGAAUGAUGAGUUGUUGAUCAAUAUUGACAUUUUACCCCACAUUGAUCCACCUGUAAAGUCUGAACUACACAUCAUUUACACAAUAAUGCAACAUCCCUUUCAUACUGCAUGUGAAUGUACAUAAAACCCCAAUGCAGUUCUGUUAAUAACUAAUAUUAACAUUCAUUAUUAGUUGUAAUUUGCGAUGA